AGAGAAGAAUUUGUCUAUACAAUGGCUAUUUCGUGUGUGGGUUGCCUACUCUUUAUUACAUUUGUCAUAUGGCCUGGCCUCUCUGUUGUGCCUGCUGCUUCCCUCCCUCAUGUUCAUGGAGGACUGAGAAGGAAUAGACAUUCACUUUCUCUUCCUCCUCCUUCUUCUCCUCCCUCUGUAGAAUAUGAUGUCAAAUACUUCACACAGAAUUUGGACCAUUUCAGCUUCACUCCACACAGCUAUGUCACAUUUCAACAGAAGUAUCUCAUCAACUCAAAACACUGGGGUGGUGCUUCUUCCAAUUCUCCCAUCUUUGUUUAUACAGGAAAUGAAGGAUAUAUUGAAUGGUUUACUCAAAACACAGGCUUUAUGUUUGACAUUGCACCUGAAUUCAAGGCCCUUCUCCUCUUCAUUGAGCACCGUUACUAUGGCGAAUCAAUGCCAUACGGGAGUCAAGAUGUAGCUUACAGCAAUGCCACCACAAUGGGCUGUCUGAGCUCCUCUCAAGCUUUAGCUGAUUUUGCUGUAUUGAUUACAGAUCUGAAAAAGAAUUUAACAGCAGAAGAUUCACCAGUAGUUGUGUUUGGAGGAUCUUAUGGUGGAAGUAAGUGUGUUCCAAUAAUUUUGUGUUGUGAAUUUCAAAAUGCAAUGAUGAAAUCCUAUUUAUAUGUUUAUAUAUUAAAUGGGUUUGCAGUGUUAGCGGCCUGGUUUAGACUGAAGUACCCACAUAUUGCAAUUGGGGCAUUGGCAUCAUCAGCUCCGAUUUUGGCUUUUGAUCUCAUUGUACCUCCAGCUGGUUAUGGCAUCGUUGUCUCAAACGACUUCAGGAGUGAAAGUGAAAACUGCUACAAUGUAAUAAAAAAGUCAUGGAAGAUACUGGAAAAGAUGUCAUCAACUCCAAGUGGCAGAAGAUCCAUCAACGAAUCUUUCAAACUCUGCAAAGAUAGUGACGUUGAUGGUGUGGAAGGGUGGCUGAGUGGAACAUACUUUGAAGCUGCAGAAGCAGAUUAUCCAACCCCUGCUAACUUUAUUCAAAAUUUGCCAGCCUAUCCUAUCAAACAAAUGUGCAAGGCAAUAGACAAUCCAUCUAGUGGGAACAAUAUCCUAAGCCGAUUAUAUGGAGCAGCAAACAUAUUUUUUAACUAUACAGGAAACAUGAGCUGCUUUGAUUUGGGAGCCAGUGAUCCACAUGGAGGGGAUGGUUGGGAUUUCCAGUAUUGUACAGAGAUGGUACAACCAUUUGCAGAUGAUCCAGUAGAAAGUAUGUUUCCCGAAUCAACAUUCAAUUAUACAGAAACCAUGCAAAGUUGUAAUGAUACAAAUGGUAUUGAGCCAAGGCCACACUGGAUCACCACUGAGUUUGGUGGUCAUAAUAUCAAGAGGGUUCUCAAGCGAUUUGGAAGUAAUAUAAUAUUUUUCAACGGAUUGAGAGAUCCUUGGAGUAAUGGAGGAGUAUUAGAAGAUAUAAAUAGAAGCAUAGUAGCAAUCAUUGUUAAGAAAGGGGCACAUCAUGUAGAUCUUAGAUUUGCAACCAAGGAGGAUCCAAAAUGGCUUGUGCAAGUUCGAAAGAAGGAGAUUCGCAUAAUCAAAAGAUGGCUCAUGCAAUAUUAUAAGGACCUUCAUGCAAUUUGAAUUUUUUGAAUUUUUUGUUGAGUCGCAAUAAAAAGCAAUAUAGUGUUUGUAAUUUGAUAUCUUGUUCAUAAGCUUCAUCUCUUCUUAUCAAAGGGUUUGCAUUGUUUAAAGUAGAGUCAAUAGGUGUCAAUUAUGUGUAAUGUAUCUCUUUACAACUAUGAAAAUAUCUUACCUUUGUUUUGGGUGUUGAUCA